UAGGGUACAGGCCUUUGUGCGCCUUUCUUAUGUGUCAAGCCCAAAUGCCCACUAGUUCGGUCGCAGCCGCCAGCGGGUCAACGAGCGAAGACGAAGGUGACAGGGCAAGCAUAGCAGUGAGGUAGCUAACCCUAGCGGGGGCGCGCGGGAGCGCGCCGCAUUGUUCCUGAGAGCUAGCCAGAAGGCCAACGGCGGUCGAUCGUUGUCUCGGUGAGCCUGUUAGGCGCCGUUGGAGGAGAUUGAAAUCAAGAGAGCAAGGAUCCAAGCCAGCAUCUCAGAUUGAAGGAAAGGAGAUGGAGUCUCUCCCUGUGCCGAGUGUUCAGUCAAUGGUGGCGGCUGACGGUGGUGCCCAUGUGCCACCCAGGUACAUCCGCCCGAGAGACGAGGCAGUUGCUACUGAUGGAGAGACAGAGAUCCCUGUCAUUGACUUCCAGAGGCUGCAACUCGGCCAUGACGAGGAGAUGGCACGUCUUGACAGGGCCUGCCAGGACUGGGGCUUUUUCCAGCUAAUAAAUCACAGCGUCCCAGAAGAUGUGGUUGAUGGGAUGAAGGCCAACGCCCGGGGAUUCUUUGAGCUGCCAGCGGAAACCAAGAAGCAGUUUGCUCAGGAGCGAGGGCAGCUUGAUGGUUAUGGCCAGCUGUUUGUUGUCUCGGAAGAUCAGAAGCUCGACUGGGCUGACAUUCUCUUCCUCAAUACGCUGCCAGUGCAGAACAGGAAUUUCAGAUUCUGGCCUAACCAACUUGCUAAAUUCAGAUCGGCACUGGACAAAUACUCUGCUGCUGUGAAGAGCAUAGUGGAUUUCCUCUUGGUUACAGUGGCGAACAACUUGGGAGUGGAUCCAGAGGUGAUUGCGAACAAAUGUGGCACUGAUGGGAUCCAGGCGGUGAGGAUGAACUACUACCCUCCGUGUGUUCAGGCGGACAAAGUCAUCGGCUUCUCUCCUCACUCUGACUCUGAUCUAUUGACCCUUGUCCUCCAAGUGAAUGAGGUGGAUGGCCUGCAGAUCAAGAGAAACGAGACCUGGUUUCCUGUUAGGCCUUUGGAAGGCGCUUUCAUUGUCAACGUGGGAGACAUUCUUCAGAUAUUCACAAACGGGAGGUACAAAAGUGCUGAGCACCGAGCUGUUGUCGACAUGAAGAAAGAGCGGCUGUCUAUAGCAGCCUUCCAUUCUCCAAGUGUCCAUGCUGUCAUUGGUCCUCUGAAGGAGAUGGUGGCGCAUGAACAUGAGGCUGUUUACAGGAGCAUAGGCCAUGAUGAGUUUAUGAAGCUCUUCUUCUCCUCCAAGCUGGAGGGGAAGAGCUUCUUGGACAGGAUGAAGAAGCUCUAAAUCAAAGCUGAGAGUAAGAUCAGUGACAGAGAAUCAGAUCGAGUGAUCGACAAGCAUCCUGUUGUGCUUGCUGGCAUUCGAUGAGGUAUUGGACUUGAGGGCAAAGGAUGCAAGGGGUCCAACUCCAAGGUAAGUACUUAGAACCCAUUGUAGUCUCUAUUCAUAUCAUUGUAUCAUCCUUGAGAGAGUACGUAGAACCCAUUGUAGCCAUCCGUGUGCUUGUUGAAAUGGCUGCAACUCUGUAACAGUGGAAGAUUCAGGCACACAAAAAUUUCAGACAAAUGUUCGUAAGAUAUCUGUAGGGAUCAGAUAGAAUUGUUGAUGGUCUUCAGAUUGUUUUUUUUAUGGCCAAUGAUAUUCAUACCUCAAAUAUAUUUGAUA